AUGCCAAUCUUCCCCACGCCUACGCCCGGUUCUGCCUUGACCGACUUUAUCGAUAUUACAAAUGCUCAACUUUUCGGGCAGCAGUUGGUUACCAGCCAAAGUCCAAAUACAACUCUCAGACUUGAGCUCCAACACCUCCGAGAUUUCGCCAGCGAGAUCUUAAUGCAAAGAAUGGGCUCGUUUUUGCGAUUCCUCGACGUCGCAUACACCGUUAUCAAAACGAAUACCGCUUACGGGUACCUCCAGUACAAUGGUACCAUGAGCAGCAAAGAAAAGGAAGCAGUCUGUGAGAGCUUUUUGAAGGCGUCCAAACCAACCAUUUUGCUUAUCACCAGCGGGGCUGGUGGUGUUGGUUUGAAUCUGCAAAGCGCGUCCAUCCUCAUCCAAACCGAGGUAUGGUGGAACAAAAACACGGAGCGGCAGGCGUAUGCGAGAAUUUAUCGCCAAGGACAAUCCAAGCAAGUCAAAAUCUUUCGCCUACGUGGCCUCAACAGCGCAAUCGACAAAACUAUUCUGGAUUGCCAGAAACGAAAGACGUAUACGAAUGAAAAAAUCAUGCGUCUUCUUGUUAGACGCCACGACGAUCCCGUCGUCGUCCCAGAAUUUACGCCAUGA